CACAAACACUUCACCUCAUAAACGCUCCUAAAGAAACGCUUCUUCAUCUUUGAAUCCCCAGCCAUUCUCUUCUGAUAUCGACCUCCUCCCUGCCCCCUCUCUUUUACGGGGGAUCCUCCACGUUCAGCAUCGACGUCGGAUCUCUACAGCAUGCUCGGAAUAUCCAAUAUUUGCAAAGGAUACAAAUCCUUUGUUAUGAAAUUGUCCCCCAACCACCAUCACAAGAAUGGACAAUCCAAGUUUACAGACAAUCAUGAAACCACCAAGGAGGAAGAAAAUUUUACAAUUAGUUACCCAACAACACCAAUAGGCAGUUUUGAUCAUCAACGAAGUAUUGAUGAUAGCUUCUUCUCACGUCGAAGUCUUUCAAGGAUUGGGAGUAGAAGAUGUAAAACACCCACCCCGAGGACCUUCUCAAGAAGUGCAAGCCGGAGCACCACCCCGACGCCGACGACAUUAUUGAGAGAUAUGAGUCUAAGGCAAUCGUCAGAGACCGAAACCUCUGCCUCAAUGUCAAGAAAUAUGAGUCGAAGGCAAUCGUCAGAGACCAAAACCUCUGCCUCAAUAUCAAGAAAUAUGAGCCGACGGAGCACCUCAGAGACUGAAUUUCAUGCCACUCUAUCAAGGAAUAUGAGCCGGAGACGCCCAUCUGAGACUGAAAUACCCUCUCCAUCACCCGCAGCCUCUUCAGUGUCAGCACCUGCCUCUCCGGCGCCUGCCUCUCCAUCGCGGACUCUAUCACCUAGUGCCAGUAGAACAUCAGGCACGUCUGAUCAACCGGACAAACCUUCCACACCUCUGUCAAGAAGUACUAGCAAGAGGAGCCCAACCCCUAUCGUGUUCUCUCGGACAACUGCACGAAAGAAAGCUCCUCCAGUUGAGAAGAGGCUUGGAUUCACACUCGAGCAGUUGUGCCAUGGAUGUGUAAAGAAGAUCAAGCUUACAAGAGAUGUCAUUAACGAUGCCGGGAUUAUUGUCCAAGAAGAGGAAAUACUGCAAAUAAACGUGCAGCCUGGAUGGAGGAAAGGUACGAAGAUUACAUUCCAAGGAAAAGGAGAUGAGAAACCAGGGUACCUCCCUGCUGACAUAGUCUUCUUGAUAGAUGAAAAGCGGCAUCCCUUGUACAAAAGAUCAGACCGCGAUGACUUGGAAAUGGCUGUUGAGAUUCCUCUGGUGGAUGCACUGGGGGGCUGCUCAUUUCCAGUUCCUCUGUUAGGAGGGGACAAAAUGAAACUCUCAUUCGAUGACAUCAUAUAUCAUGGCUACGAAAAGGUCAUCCAAGGACAAGGCAUGCCAUUGCUUAAGGAACCAACAAGGAGAGGUGACCUCCGGAUCACGUGUCUAAUAAACUUUCCGACAACUUUGAGUGAUGAAGAACGUGCAGAAGCUAUCAACAUUCUACAAAAUUGUUCUUAUGAUUAACAAUUCAAAUCUCUCCAUCACUUAUGAGGAACCAUUUAGAAUUGUUCUCUUUUGAUCUUCUCCCAUGUACAUAGCUCUGCAGAGUUACAUAUACAAUAUGAGUACACAAGGAACAAAGUACCCUUAACAAGUAGAAUUCCACUGAGAAUUUUGCAGUAGAGAUAGCAUUUGUAAUGUAUUUUGUGCCAAAUAUAGCAAUCU